UCACAUUGCAUAAAUUAUACCAAUUUAAGAGGACAUACAUGUAGUGUUUUGUUGCCACUUGUGAUACAGUACCUAUAUUCAAUAAUUACAUAGCAGGAACGAUAAAAAAAGUUUGUUUAAAAUGGGAAAUAAGUCAUCAUUGUUGUUACGACAGGAAGAAAUCGCUCAAAUACAGGACGAAACUGGAUUUACUCCGAACCAAAUCGAACGAUUGUACUCUCGAUUUACAUCACUGGAUCGCACCGAUUGUGGAACACUAUCUCGCGAUGAUUUCCUGCGAAUACCAGAACUUGCCAUUAAUCCGUUAUGCGAUAGAAUCGUCCAUGCUUUCUUUGCCGACAGCAAUGAUGAAAGGGUCAAUUUUCGACAAUUCAUGAAGGUGUUGGCUCAUUUCCGUCCCAUUAAGGCAGGAAAAACGAAUACCUUGAAUAAUCGCCAGGAAAAACUUAAAUUCGCAUUUAAAAUGUACGAUUUAGACGACGACGAAUCGAUAUCCAGAGAUGAAUUGUUGAACAUAUUGCAUAUGAUGGUCGGUGCCAAUAUCAGCCAAGAUCAAUUGAUUAGCAUAGCUGAGCGAACGAUCAUCGAAGCCGACCAAUGUGGUCAAGGGAAAAUUUCGUUUGAUGAUUUCUGCAAAGCGUUGGAACGAUGCGACGUUGAACGAAAAAUGUCCAUUCGUUUUUUGAAUUAAAAAUUCCAAAAAAAAUUUGUAUUAAUUUAUGCACACACUACACAUACACACACUUUACCGGGUUACUUGUUACAUUAUAUCACUUUGUUGACAAUGACACGUUUAUCACAUUUCAGCUUAUUUAGCUAAUCACCGGAAUGACAAAUGAGAAAUUAAGUUCUGCAGGUGAGCUUGCUGUUUGUCAUACGGUCCACACUUCUUUUUCAAAUACAUUUUUAAAGCUCAAACAGACAUUUCAAAAAGCUUCAGGUUCAUUGUAAAUCACAUGCUCGUAUUUAGACAAUGUACAGUCAAUGUAAAAAAAGGAGUUCAUUUAAUGCUCUCAUUUCACACAGCUCGUUAAAAAUACUUGAAAAAUUGUAGAAUUUACACCAAUUUUCUACGCAGGGAAUGCUGUGCACAGAAACGUAUAUUUUGCACAAACUGUGUCCCGGCUUAGAAGUCCACACAUUGUAUGUAUAGCCUGGGCAGCAUUUUUAUUCUGCAGAAACAUUCUUCAGAAAUCCAUUCCAGUCGAUUUCAAGUCAUCCUGAGCAUGCUUUCCAUGUUGUUUUUUAUUAUUAUUUUGAUUUAAUGGAAUUUCAAAAAGAAGAAAUUGAUUAUGUCUCCAUGUUUCUUAUGCAAAUUCAAUUGCGAUAGGCUUAUAAAUGUGAUAAACAAUCAUGUGCAUUAUUGGGGAAUUUUUCAUGGGUCCUAGAAAAAUGUCCUAGAAAAAUUUACUAUCAACCCGACUUUAUUAAUUAAUUAAUUUUAGAGGAAUGAUUGACUUUUAAUGAAAAUUUACAAUAUAGUGAAUGGUGCCAAAUUUGCACUAGCUGCUUCAUAGUUCGACAUUCAAAUUACUACUUUACUGUAAUAAAACUGUUUAUAGUCUGAAUGUCUGAAGAGAACCAGCUGGUGCAUAUUUCCACAACAAUCUUAAAGAAGGUGCAUUGGUACUUAUGUUACAGCUUUUAUUUUGUUCAUUGAACAUUGUGUCACAAUAAAAAAAUACUUAACCAAAGAA